AUGGCUAUCCUAACUCCUGGGGCUCCUCUGAUGCUCCAGGCUAAUGAAGCCCUGGCCCAGGACACAAAGGCAGCUGUGAUGGAGCAGAAGUCAGGGCCCCUGGGGACCCAGGUCCUGAAGCACAGCCUCCCUCCCGCCCCAGUCCCGAAAGAAAGGGGGCGACUAGAGUCCGGGAACGGAUGCCGGGACAUCCCGGCGAGCUCCACGAGGAAGAGCCCAGGAAAUGAGUCCCGAUUCAGGGCUGUCUUGAAGCCCCAGGAGUCCUUGGCGCAACCACUAACCACCCCGAGCAGCUUGAAGUCAGAAGGAAAGACGGUGCAGAAAUAUGAGACAAAUGUCCAGUCUUGCUGGCUAGAGUAUAAGAAGCGUAUGGACCCUCUUGAAAAGGAUUGGUGUGACUGGGCCAUGAUUAGCAGGCCUUACAGCUUCCUUCGAGAUUGUUUGGAGUACCAUGCCGAUGAGUUUGGCCUGGGCUUCCCCAAUCCCUGGGCAGAGAGGGUCAUCUUUAAGACUCAUCAAAUGCACUUUGCCAACUGCUCCCUGCUUCAGUCCACCUUCUGCGACCCCCCAGAGGAUGUGCUCCUCGCCAUGAUCAUAGCCCCCAUCUGCCUAAUCCCCUUCCUCGUCACGCUUGUGGUGUGGCGGAGUAAAGACAGUGAGGCCCAGGCCUAG